AUGCCUGGUGAUAUUUAUUCGUUGGAGAAGGCAGAGAAGAGCAAGAAGAAUGGAGUGCCGCAGGAUGUCAUAGAGGAAGCGGAAAGGAUAGAGGAAGAGAACUACGAGAGGGCGAGGAACAUUCGGGUGCAGAUUGAUGAGUCAGCGCUGAAGCAGAGAGCAACAACUGAGGAGAUGCUGAGGCAAGGAGAGACUCUGGAGAAUGCAAAGAAAUCAGCGCUGGAGAUAAACAGAAAUGCGGUGAGAGGUGCAGAGCUUACUGAGGACAUUGAGAGAGAAGGGCAUAUGUUUAGUUGUGAGCUGCCGUGUGUACGUGCAAUAAAGCGAUGGUUGAAUAGGAACCGGGGAGAUGUGUCUGAUGUAGCAAGAACAAGGGAAGUAAGAGAGGUGGAUGAGGAGAGUAGAGGAACAGUGAUGUUUGAGGAGGACGGAGAGGAGUAUGUGAAGGGGCAGAACAAGACGGACAAGGAGAUGGUUGGGAUAUUGAAUGCGGUGAAGCAGGUGAAUAAGGAAGCAAAGAGGCAGAACAGGGAGAUUGAAAGACACAAAGGAAUUGUUGAUGACAUAUCGAUAAUUAAUGAGCGGUCUGAGAAGGUUAUUAAGGACACUGACAAGGAGCUGAACAAGAUGGAGUGA